UCACAAAUCAGACCGAAUUGACCUUUAAAUGAACUGUUCAAAUGAACCGAUUCGCUAAAACUAGAAGAACAUCGUGAUGCUCGUGGGCGUGUCUUACAGUACGCAGCCAAUAACGUUUCAGUGGGCGUGUACGUAACGCUUUCUAUUAUUACUCAAUGUGUUUUACGAUGUCCAGCUUUCAUUUAAACAUCAAGCGACGUUACGUAGAAGAUAAACAGUAGUGCUCACUAUAAACCAUUAUCCAGGAAAGGGAUAUGGCUCAGGAGACCAAUCAGACCCAAGUGCUUUGUUCUAAUGGUUGUGGGUUUUAUGGGAAUCCACGUAAUAACGGCAUGUGCUCGGUCUGCUACAAAGACUCCUUACAGCGGCGGAACAACAGCGGCAGAUCCAGUGAUCCAGUGUCUUCCAGCAUAAGCAGUAAAGGAGAAUCUAUGACUGUACAAUCGACGUCACAGCAUGAACAAAACAGUCAGUGUUUCUCAACACCAGCAGCAGUAGUUACACAUAAAGAUGGUGCUUCAGUAGCAGCUCAGUCAGGCCUGAAAAUGCCAGAAAAAGUAUCAUGCAGUAAACUGGAGAGAAACAUUCAGGAAUCCACCACGGAAAGGCUCCUUACAGCAGGUAGCUCUUCACUGGAGGAUGGCACAACGAGAGGAAAGAGAAAGCUAGAUGAAACUUCUGAACCCACAGAAACAAUAUCCGCCUCAGAAUUAGAUGUCUCAGAGCAGACAUCAGGUGUGCCAGAGCCAUCCAAACCCAAGAAGAACCGCUGCUUCACCUGCCGCAAGAAAGUGGGGCUCACUGGCUUUGACUGCCGGUGUGGACAGCUGUUUUGCAGCAUUCACCGAUACUCAGAUGUUCACAACUGUAGCUUUGAUUACAAGGCUGAUGCAGCUGAGAAAAUAAGGAAAGAAAACCCGCUUGUCGUUGGGGAGAAAAUCAAGAAGAUUUGAGCUGAAGACUGCAGAGAUGUUUUUUUUUGUUGUUGUUUUUUUUUACCCUCUUUUCCCACAAACACCCUUAACAAGACCUUGAAUUGUGCAUGCUACAAUGAAACAUUUACGCAAAUUUGUUUGGUCCCUUUGUUUCAUUUUACCUCUCAAAUUUAUUUACUUACAAAAUACUGUGGUAUGUAAACCACUUAAUAUUUAUAUAAUUGCAGUAAAAUCAUUUGCAUUACUAAAUGGGUUUUAGUUCUCAUAGGUUUGGGUGGCUGUGCAUUUCUGGUGAUGAACAAAGCUUGCAUGUUAAAAACAUUGCCAGAAUGUGUCUUCAAUUUUUUAUUUUAGUUCCUCUCAAUAAGGAUUGUAAGAAAGAAUAUGACAUCAUUUACUUAAUAUAAAAAAAGAUAUGUUUUAUCAAUUACUUGCUCCAUCCUUGAUUUAAAAAAAAUGAGGUUUAUAAGUGAUUACAAAUAUACAAAUUGUGUGUGACUGCGAUCUCUGGUUUAACAGAUUUUUUUUGCACUUCAUUACAGACUGUGAUUUACAUUUCUCCUAUAGUUCAUUUAUUCGAGUGAAUGAAAGUUACGAGUGAUAUUAUUUAUGUUUGUGAAUACACUGUGUUCAUGUUCAAUAAAGUUUUACACGUCACACUGUA